AUGCGGUUCAAGGGCACCAUCGGCUCGCCCAAGCAGCUCUCCCAGCUGGUGGCGAUGCUGGGCAAGCUCUCCGACACGUGCGUGGUGCACAUGACCCCCGACACGAUCUCGUUUGGCGUCGCCGCGAGCAGCAACAGCGGUGUGCACGCCUGCGCCGAGCUCUCCACUCACUCUCUCUUCCUCGACUACCGGAUCGAGUCGCGCGCCGAAAACAACCGGAUCUCGUUCUUCGUCAAGAUCGACAACCUCAGCCGCGCACUCAAGUCGAGCUCGGCCAACGCAAACUCAAAGUCAUUGGUCAAGCUGACGAAAAAGAGAGGCGGCGCGCCGACGCUGACGUUCGAGAUCCUGCUGAGCGACUCGGCCGUCCAG